CAGUGAGUGAAGCCACGAGCUCAGUGCUCCUGGAUGGUUGAAAUCUCGACAAGGAGCAUCAGCUGAGCAGCGCAGCAGAAGCCAUGUCUCUGCCCUUCCGAAAAGAGUUGGAGAAAUACAAGAAUAUCAACGAAGAUGAAAUACUCAGCAAACUCUCAGAGGAUGAACUGAAACAGCUAGAGCAUGUUCUUGAUGACCUUGAUCCUGAGAACGCCUUGCUUCCAGCAGGAUUUCGGCAAAAAGACCAGACCACUAAACCUGCCACGGGACCUUUCGACAGAGAGCGCCUGCUCUCGUACUUGGAGAAGCAAGCGCUCGAGCACAAAGACAGAGAAGACUUUGUGCCAUUUACAGGGGAAAAGAAAGGAAAAAUAUUUAUCCCAAAAGAAAAGCCCAUAGAAACCCGUACAGAAGAGAAAGUGACCCUGGAUCCAGAACUAGAAGAAGCUCUGGCCAGCGCUUCCGAUACUGAGCUGUAUGACCUUGCAGCUGUUCUUGGAGUGCACAACAUGGUGAACAACCCAAAAUUUGAUGAAGGAGGAGCCCGCAGUAAAGAUGGAAAAGGAAUCGUGAGAAAUGUGGUGAAAGGUGAAAAGGUCAAGCCCAUCUUUGAGGAGCCCCCUAAUCCGACCAACGUGGACGCAAGUUUACAAAGGAUAAAAGCGAACGAUCCCAGUCUUACAGAAAUUAAUCUCAACAACAUAAAGAAUAUUCCUAUUCCAACGCUGAAAGAAUUUGCAAAAGCUUUGGAAAGUAACACGCAUGUGAAGACAUUCAGCCUUGCAGCUACUCGAAGCAAUGACCCUGUAGCUAUUGCAUUUGCAGAUAUGUUGAAAGUGAACAAAACACUCAAGAGUCUGAAUGUAGAAUCAAACUUCAUCACUGGGACGGGUAUUUUGGCACUGAUUGAUGCACUGAAAGAAAAUGAAUCCCUGACAGAGAUUAAAAUCGACAACCAGAGGCAGCAGCUGGGGACAGCUGUAGAGAUGGAGAUUGCCAAGAUGCUGGAGGAGAACUCCAGGAUUCUCAAGUUUGGAUACCAGUUCACAAAGCAAGGUCCAAGAACCAGGGUGGCAGCAGCUAUCACUAAAAACAACGAUCUGGUUCGUAAAAAGCGGGUGGAAGGAGAGCGGCAGUAG